UUCGUAGAUAAAUAGAAUAGAAGGUGUUCUUCAGUGCGGGAGUGAUUUUCUUUUAUUUUCAUCACUGCAUGUCUGAAUUUUUAGAAACUCGCGUGAAAAUCCCCGAAUUCUGUUCUUCUCAACAGUGAUCGAUACUCAGUGCAUCCACCAGCCAGGAAACAAUGGAACUGUUGUAGUUGUACUGCUAUCUUUACGGCUUUAAACGUGAGGCCUAUUUUUAUCACAACUAAAAGCGUAAUUUCCUUCGCCGUAUUGAAGAGUGCAUUGAUUAUAAAAGGAUGAUAUUCCUUGGAAGCGCGUGAUUACGAAUAUCGUGUAAUAUUUUGGGUGUUUUUGAAAAAAAAGUGCAUUCCUGUGAAUCACGUCGAAAAGGUGAAAUUUUGGUUAACAAAGAAGUUUGAUAACCUACAUUGUGCGCCUACUGUGUUCCACUUUGCAAGGAUAUUUCAGCCAAGUUUGAAGGUAAUCGCGUUGCCUUCGAUAUAGCGCCGCUGUUGGGACGUGUUUGUUUACCUUGAUUAUCGCUUACUCAUUGCUUGACUCAGACAAAUAAAACUACAUCAUGCAGCGGUGGUGGUUUCUUGACGAAAAAGAUGGAUCGGCCAGCAGCCUAACUUCAGCGGCAGGAACAUCGACGAAAAAAUCUAAACCGGCUAAGCCCGCUGGUGAUCGACGGCACAAGUUUCGAGUUCUUGUUACCUAUGAACUACUGAAGGACGAAACUAUAGCCGUUACAGGGAACUGCGAAGCGUUGGGCAAUUGGGAGCCGGAACAUUGCGUUCAAAUGCAGUUGGAAGAUGGUUCAUCGAAUAUCUGGUACCUGGAGAUCGACCUACCUCAGAAUGUUGCCGUAACCUAUCGGUAUUUGAUUUGCUCCAUGGAUCCCACUAGUGAGAAUGUGCAUGUCCGGCGCUUUGAAACCCACAUAACACCGCGUACUAUUCCAAUCGAUGGCGCACCCAGCCAGGCCGACCAGGAGUCAAAAAUUGACACACUCGGUGAUAUUGAUGGGUCGAUCAAACUAGACAGGGGCUGGCUUACCAGCGAGACAAUAAUACAGUUUAAGUUCUUCGACAACCCCUUUUCAGUAAAGGAGAGAAUCAAAAAUCGACUACUGUAUGUUAAGAUAACUCCAAUGAAUCUGCGCAUCAAUGCGGAGUCGCAAAGCCUAUCCACUCUGUUGGACGAAUCGCUAUCCAGCGAUACGCGGGAGAAUGGAACCGAUCAUCAAGCCUACGCCUUCACUGAGGUGGUAUCGAUGGGCAAUCCAAAGGCAACAUUCGAACAGCAAUCCCAAUUUGGGUGUCCCUAUCAUCCGGAAGACUUCCUCGUAUUCAAUGUGACGGUGGCAGAGCCAGAAAACGUGGCCUAUCUAGUUGAUCUGUAUACGUACAGCUCACGUUCCAAGGAAGAUGAACCACCCUACCAUUUGGGCUAUCAUUAUAUUUUGCCCAACUUUUUGAAGAAAUCCGAAGGCAUCCUGGAGCUUCCGGUGACCUGCGCCAGCAAGCAUCGUCCACUGGGCAUGAUGCGCAUCGAGUACCUGAAAGUGACGCCGCUGCUUCCAUCGCGGUGUACUCUUGAGCGAUCUUACAUUAGGUAUUGGAACAAGCGCUGGACUGGGCUAGAUGUUGGCCACAGAGGCUCGGGAACCAGUUUCAAGGCCAGCGAUGGAAACGUGAUCAGAGAGAAUACGAUCGCUUCUUUGAAAAACGCCGUGGCUCAUGGUGCUGACAUGGUUGAGUUCGAUGUUCAGCUGAGUAAAGACUUGGUACCGGUUAUCUACCAUGAUUUCGAUAUUUAUGUCUCGCUGAAACGGAAAACGACCCUCGAGAUCAAUGAUAUGUUGGAGUUGCCGAUGCGUGAAUUGACGUUAGAGCAGCUGAAAAAUCUCAAGGUCUACCAUGUCGUAGAAGGUAGAAACCGCGAAGCACGCUUCUUCGAUGAGGAUCUCGACGAACACCAGCCAUUCCCGCAGUUGGCCGACGCCCUGGAACUGAUCGACCCUCACUGUGGGUUCAACAUCGAAAUCAAAUGGUCUCAGAAGCUCAAAGAUGGCUCGAUGGAAUCAGAUCUAAAUUUCGAUUCGAAUCUAUACGUUGAUUGUAUUUUAAAAGUCGUUCUAGAGAAAGCCGGCAAUCGGCGGAUCGUUUUCUCUUGCUUCGAUGCGGACAUUUGUACGAUGUUGCGUCUCAAGCAGAAUCUGUACCCGGUGAUGUUCCUGACGUUGGGCGUCACCAGUAAGUAUCCGAGCUACCACGAUCCGCGGUGCAACUCGAUCGAAAUGGCUGUGAGGAAUUCUUGUGCUACAGAGCUGCUGGGAAUCGUCGCGCAUACGGAGGAUCUGCUGCGCGAUCAGACACAAGUUAAUCUAGCAACAGAGAAAGGAUUGAUUGUGUUCUGCUGGGGCGACGACAACAACUGCAAAGACACCAUCAAGCAUUUGAAGAGCCUCGGGAUCCAUGCAAUCAUCUACGAUAAGAUGGACAUUUACUCAGAUAAGACUGUCAAAGUGGAGGGUGGCAAUACCGCUUCUAGUCAGCAAAGUUGUUCACGGGGUUAAGCUCGAUAACAAUAAUAAUAACUCGUUUUGUGAUCCCAUAUUGUACUGUCCUGUAAGCGCGUCUCUCAUGUGUCUCGAUGUGAUUGUAUUGUAGGAGGAGGAGAAGGAGAAGGAGGCGAUCCCUACUGAAGAGGCAUCGAUUGAAGCGAGGAAUGGCUUCAAAUUUGGGUGGUUUCCCAAUUUUCAAUGGUUGUGAACUUACCUAUAUGCUGUAGCUAUCCCCACCAGAGGAUUGUUUCAAUAAUUGUUACUUGCCCAAAGCUAUUUCUGUAUGAAGGUUUAAUCUAUUUAUUGUUAUGUAUUUUCCUACCUGUAGUCUAGAUCUUUGUAAAGUAUUGUGAUUGUGAGUAAUUAUCGCUGAAAACAGGUCACCAUUCACGCAUUGAAAUGGACAGUAAGAGUGGAAACCAUUUUGACUAUCCUUGCUGGACCAUUUGGUUACCAAGCGGCUGAUAUUAAUGAAUAUUUAGCGAUUUUUUGACGAAUUUAGCAGCGUUUCCCAAACUGUAUGGGGUUAUCGCUCCAUUGAAGCUGACGAAAUGUUUUUCUUUACAGUUCAAUAGUUCCAGGAGAUGGCCAAAAUGUUUGGGAUAGGCAACUUUUUGUCUCCCACAAAAAAAAAAACAACAUGCUGUAACUUUUUAUAGAGUGCUUCAUCGACGGCCGGUUGACAACAGAUCAGAUCUUCAUGCGCUCUUCGGCAACAUUCAUCAGCUAGAUUUGAAAAACUCAAAUUGACUUUGAACCUAUGACUUCAUCUUUGUAAAACACUUCAGUGCGGAGAACGUUGUUUGAAAAUUCUUCAUAGUAAUUCCCAUAAAAACCAUGUUUUGCUUUUGGACCAGAUCAAAUUAUCAUCAAAAUGGCUGAAAAU